CGCCUACUCAGAUUCCGUACAUUCGACUUUCCAAGUUCAAGAAAAAAUACAGAGAGUAUGGCGCCUGACAAGAAAGAGAAGAAGCGCAAGGCCGCAACCGCGGUCAGCGAUGCUCCUGCGAAGAAAUCGAAGAAGGUCGAAGUCGUUGCGGAGGAGACUGCGAAAAAGACACCCAAAUCCAUUCUGAAGAAGAAGAACAAGGCAGCCUCUUCUGAGGAUACAAGGGAGGAUGUUUCUUCCGCCUCGUUGAAGCUCAAUGGCGAGCCAGCAAGACAGGUUAAGCCUCGCAAGCGCGCUGCUGACUUCCUCAGUGAUGAUGAAGACACGGAUAUCAAGGAGGCUCCUGUGGAGGAAAAGAAGAAGACCGAGAAGGCUAUUUCCGGUGGUAAGAAGGCCAAGAAGGAUGACAAGGCAUCCAGCGCUGCUCUGAAGGAGCAGGCUGCAAAGGCCGAGAAAGGCAAGAACAAAGCCAAUGGGAAAGACAAGAAGGCAGACGAAGUUGUCGAAAAGGAUGACGAGUCUCUCUCGGGUUCUGAAUCGGAUGAAGAUGGGGCCGAGGAUGACCAGACCGUUGCACUCCUCAAGGGCUUCGAGAGCAGCGGCGACGAAGACGAUUCCGAGGAUGAAGGAUACGAUCCGAGUCAACCAGUGCCCAACAUCCCGGACUCCAAGAAGGUCAAGCGCAAACUUUUGAAGAAGCAGAAAAAAUCGGAUGGAGCAGUCGAACAGCCCGGCACCGUAUACAUUGGACGUAUCCCCCAUGGUUUCUACGAACACCAGAUGCGCGCUUAUUUCUCCCAAUUCGGUGACAUUACCCGUCUUCGUCUCUCCCGUAACCGCGUGACUGGCCGCUCCAAGCAUUACGCUUUCAUCGAAUUUGCUUCGACCUCCGUCGCCAAGAUCGUUGCGGAGACCAUGGAUAACUAUUUGAUGUACGGCCACAUUCUCAAGUGCAAGUUCGUGCCUCAGGAACAAGUUCACCCCGAGCUUUGGAAGGGAGCCGAUCGACGAUUCAAGAAAACUCCUUGGAACCGGAUUGAGAAGAAGCGACUUGAUGCAGGCAAAACUCGCGACAAAUGGUCGAAGAGCAUUUCACAAGAACAGAAGAGGCGAAAUGCCAAGGUCGAGAAAUUGAAGGAAGUACUGGGAUACGAAUUCGAUCUUCCCAAGUUGACACAUGUCAACGAACUCCCUGCUAAGGAGACCAAGGAGAUCGAGGCAGCCCAGUCGGCACCAGAGGAAUUCGUGAAAGCUGUCGAAGCCCCGCCAAAGGAGACUGGUAAAGAAAAGGAGCCCGACGAUACUCCGAAGGAGUCCAAGAAGGACAAGAAAUCCAAGAAGGCCAAGGAUGAUAAAAAGGAGAGAAAGGCCAGCAAAACAGGCGAACAGGGCACGCCCAAGGAGGAGGGAGCCAAGAAGGUGAUUGCGAAGGAGACCACAGAGUCCAAAGCGGCGCCGGCGAAUGAAGCCGAAGGGAAAACCAAGAAGGUUGAAAAGCCCAAGAAUAAGAAGAACAGGGUUAAGGCAUAGGAUUGUGGUUGAUGACCGUUUACUACCUGCAACAAUCGGGACUUUCUUUGUUCAAUUCUUACCUCCCGUAUGCGUAUUGUUAUCAUAGUAUUGGUUCUUAUAGGCGAUUUGAAGGCUUCUAAAAUUGUACAGUGUACUUAUAGACACUCAGUCUUACAAUCAGAAUUUGCAUGCAAUUCUA